AUGCUGUGCGGUGGGUCGCAGAAGGCAGGACGCAUCUUCCUCAAGCGACAACUUUUCAGCAUUACGAUGACUGAAGGUGCAGACGUCACGCACCACUGCAAAAAAGUCCUCAACAUCUCCGCCAAGCUUAGCGGCAUCGGUACGAAGAUGGAAGACGAAGACGUUGCAAUCUGUCUGCUGCUCUGUCUUUCAAAGAGCUACGAAAAUGUGGUGCUCAACAAGAAAACGAGCAGCGCCGAGCUUCGUACCCAAGGUGUGGUGAGAGUGCUGACGAAUGAGCACGCCGAGCGUCGAGGAGAAAAAGGGACAACAACAGCGACUACGGUGAAGGCUGAAGGCUGA